AUGGUGCCUCAAGGCCUGCCCUAUCUAAAAUCAGCAUUGAAGGAAUCCAUUGUUCGACGUGGAAAGGAAAUCAACGGCGGAUCAGUGGAAGACGACUUCAUCGACGUUGAAGGAGACCUCGAAAGCACCGACAAGAAGGGCAAGGGAAAAGGCAAGGCCCGGGGACCUGCACCUGGAAUUCAACCUGCCAUCACCUGGGUAGAAACCGUCCUCGGUCUCAAAGAUAAGUUUGACGCAGUGUGGGAGGCCUCAUUUCAAAAGGAUCGGGAAGUCGAAAGUGCGAUUAAUGGUGCAUUCUCUUCUUUCAUCAACAUGAACGAGAAGUGCUCUGAAUUCAUUUCCCUCUUCAUCGAUGACCAUUUGAAGAGAGGCUUGAAGGGGAAAAACGAAACAGAGGUGGACGAUAUUCUCGACAAAACCAUCACCGUCUUCCGCUUCAUCGCUGAGAAAGAUGUCUUCGAGAAGUAUUACAAAGGACAUCUUGCGAAGCGCUUACUCUAUAGUCGCUCGGUUUCUGACGAUGCAGAACGUGGAAUGUUGGCGAAGCUCAAAGUUGAAUGUGGCAUCCAGUUUACGCAAAAGAUGGAGGGCAUGUUUAACGACAUGAGGAUAUCAGCGGACACGACACGGGCAUACUUGGACCAUGUUUCCAAAACUACGGCACCCGAAAUCGAACUCAGCGUCAUUGUUAUGACAUCGAACGCCUGGCCAAUGACUCAUUCUCCGUCAUCUUGUAUCCUGCCAUCGGUGAUGUCGAAAGCAACUAAAUCUUUCGAACAGUUCUACUUUUCACGGCAUUCUGGCCGACGUUUGACUUGGCAAUAUUCCCUAGGGAAUGCGGAUGUCAUUGUCCAAUUUAAAGCUCGCUCGCACGAACUGAAUGUCUCGACCUUCGGUCUCGUCAUCCUCCUGCUUUUCGAAAACCUGGGCGACGGUGACUUCUUGAGUUAUCAGGACAUCAAGGACGCCGCAGAGAUAGAGGAGGUGGAACUGAAGCGGCAGCUCCAGUCAUUAGCUUGUGCAAAGUGGAAGGUGCUGAAGAAGCACCCUUCAGGGCGUGACAUAAAUCUGGAUGACACAUUUUCGUUCAACGACGGCUUUUCAUGUCCCAUGAAGAAGGUGAAGAUCGGUUUGAUCUCGUCCAAGGUAGAGAACAAGGCAGAGAGGAAGGAGACGCGUGACCGAAUAGACGAGGAACGGAAGCACCAGAUGGAGGCCUGCAUAGUCCGGAUUAUGAAGAACCGAAAACAUAUGACGCAUAACGAUCUCAUCAACGAAGUGACAGCCCAGCUAACGAGCAAAUUCCACCCAGAACCCCUUACAAUUAAAAAACGAAUAGAGCAGCUAAUCGAGCGGGAGUAUCUCGAGCGUUGCGAGGAUCGCAAAUCGUACAAUUAUUUAGCUUAA